AUGAAAUCUAAAUUGUGUUUCAGAAUCUCACUGAUAUGUUGUGGACUUUCGAACUCUCACAGCGGACGUUUUCAAGUUACUUCAUUCCAGAACUCAUCAGGCUUAUACUUUGAAGUAAUGGGACCUCUUCGCAUAUCUUACACAAAUUGGGAUUUCAUUACUUACGUGAAUCUAACAACUUAUUACAUGAAGUACCAAAUACUCCAGAAACUCCAUGAUCAGAUGGGCGACGUUUGUAUUCAACUGAAAAAAAGAGAGGACUCGAUCUUAACUAGUGUGUUUACGGAUUUCAUGCAAUCCACGUUCCCGUUCAUGCAAGAAAUUGAAUCAAAUUUCAAUUCUGUCUUACGAAUUCUUGGGUCAAACCACAGAACCUCUGAAAAUCCGAAUCGACAACCUCGCGGGUUGAUAAAUGCAGUAGGAAGGCUAGCAAACAUUCUUUUUGGAGUUUGCUCUGAUCAGGAUGCCGAAUUCUUUUACAAAAACAUCGAAGACCUAGCUCGUUCCAAGGAUAAACAUGUUCAUCUAUCACAGGAACAAAUACGCAUAGUCUCUUCAGUCAUGAAUAAUGUUAAUUCUACCAUGCAUGAACUAUUAGCAGAUGAUCAGAAAUUGCAGGAGAAUAUAAACAAAAUAGAAUAA